GGCUAUAAGAGGAUGAAAAUUGAAUCUGGCAUUUGUAAAUCAUUUACCCUAUGUCCGCUUGGACUGGUCCCAACUCAAAUGACAAGUAAAUCCAGGAAACCUGCUUGACCUGUCUAAGCUAAGCGGUUGAACUGGCCUCAUGGGUGUACCUUAGAAUUCAAUCGGUUGCCCGGGGAUCGGCUUAAUUCUUCUGAUACCUUGCAACUUGCUUCUUCAAGUGCUACCCUGAUUGCGGCACUGGUUGAACCUUCAACUAAAACAGCGACGAAGUGAGGCAAAACUCUUCUCCGAGACCUACCCCCCUUACAGGGAGUAGUCUUACUUCCGCGUGGCUGGGAUCAGUUGAACUGUUGUCCUUCAAAUAUAGCCAACACUUCUCUGAUUUACAAAGAGCCCUGACUUUGAAAACUGAAAACUUCAUCGGUCCAUCAAAUUGAAGCAAUGGCGAUGCACUUUCACCCCGACAAGAUUUGGAACUUAACCCUUAGUUGAUGAUAGGAAAUUCCACAUAAAAGUGACUCUCAUUUAGCUCAUGGACACACUGACUCUUGACUGCAACACACUACUGCUGGAGUUCUUUCCGCUACACUUGACCUUGCAUCGAGCUUUGCAUCUCCCGCAUCAAUACAUCCAUCAUCUAAUCUUGGACACCAAAUGUUGAUCACGAGCAGGGUUCUUCUGGCACUGGGAUACCUUGUAGCUUUCAACUGAACCAUUGAUUGGUGACUUUAAUUGAUCUUAUCUCUGACACUGACCAUCCGCUGCCAGGACGGAAGAAAGGUGGAAGAGAGGGGUUGCUAAAGAUAAGAUGCAGGACAUCCAGCUCGCGCGCUGUUCUUCGCAGCACCAUGGCUCGGAGGCGGCGGUGACGGCGAGAGGUGAUUCUGCAGGUGGCUUGGAGAUGUGCCCGGCUCUGUAUCUCGCUGCCUCCAAAGGGCGAGCCGAGGAGGUCAUGGCGCUCCUUCUUCAGCCACGGCAUGGUGGUGUUGCGCAGGGACAUCUUGAUCAAGUCAAUGGUGUUCUACAGCGGCAUGGCCAGUGCAACAUAUCAGAGGUGAGCGCGGAGAGUAACACCGUGUUUCACGUGGCUGCGGAGCAAGGACACGACGAGCUGAUCCGGGAGGUGUACCUCAGGUUCAAGGAGAGCAGCCUCCUCUCUCGCCGGAACUCGUCGCAGGACACGCCGCUGCACUGCGCGGCGAGAGCCGGACACGCCGGGGCCGUCACGGCCAUCGUCCAGCUGCUGGCCCUGGACAGCAUCCUGGGAUGCAAGAACGAGGCCGGAGAUACGGCCCUUCACCUGGCGGCGAGGAACGGCCAUGGCGCGGCGGUAGAGGCCCUUGUCUCGGCGGCGGCGCCGGAGCUGUCCUCCGAGCUGAAUGCCGCCGGCGUGUCGCCGCUGUACUUGGCGGUGAUGAGUAAGUCGGUUACAGCCGUGAAAGCGAUCAUUACCACGUGCAGCGAUGCAUCGCCCGUUGGGCCGAACAAGCAGAAUGCUCUGCACGCUGCCGUCUUCCAGAUCUCAGAAAUGGUCGACCUGGUAUUGAAAUGGAAGCCAGCUCUGUCUGGACAAUGCGACGUCAAAGGCAGCAGCCCGCUCCAUCUCGCGUCGUCCGACGGCGACCGCUCCAUCGUAAGCGCGAUCGUGCGCGCCGCGCCGCCGUCCACGGCGUUCCUGAAGGACUCGGACGGCCUCUCGGCCAUCCAUGUCGCCGCGCGGAUGGGCCACCACCAUGUCGUCGAGGAGCUGAUAUCUGCCUGGCCCGACGCCGCCGAGCUCCGCGACGGCCGCGGCAGGACGUUCCUCCACGCCGCGGCCGAGAAAGGGCACGCGCCGGUCAUCUCGCUCGCCGUCAAGAACCCGAUGCUUUGCGGCAUCGUGAACGCGCAGGACAAGGAUGGCAACACGGCGCUCCACCUCGCGGUGGCUGCAGCCGCGUCCAAGGGACUAGCCGCACUACUUUCCGCCGGAGACAACGUACGAGUCAACAUCAUGAACAACGAUGGGUACACACCGUUUGAUCUCGCUGCCAACUCGUCUAGCUUCCUCUCCAUGAUAAGCCUUGUGGUGACACUGUCUGCCUACGGGGCACAAUCCUGCCCGCAGAGGCAAGACCACCUGAAUCAAUGGAGAGGCAAUGACACAACAGAUUGGAUAAGGAAGACGUCCAACAGCCUCGCUGUCGUGGCCGUGCUCGUCGCCACCGUCGCCUUCUCCGCCACGUUCAACGUGCCCGGGGGCUACGGGGACGAUGGCAAGGCGGUCCUCCAGGCGAAGACCGCCUACAAAUUCUUCAUCGUCUUCGACAGCGUCGCCAUGACGACUUCCGUUGUCGCAGUGAUACUUAUUGUGUAUGGGAAAGCAUCUGGUUCAUGGAAGAGCUUCAUUUUAGCUCUGCACUUCAUGUGGGUUUCGAUGAUCGGCAUGAUCGUGGCUUUCUGGGCGGCUCUGGUCGCCGUCAUGAGAAGGAGGACAAUCAAUAUUGUGAUAUACGAAGUCAUAAUCAAUGGGAUCUAUGUCUUGGUCUUGAGCAUCAUGAUCUUGACUAAGCCGGCGUCGUGGAUCAGCUUCGUGAAGUUUAUGUUCAGCAGUUUAUUGCCUGAGAGACAUCACAGGCGUGUCGCUCGGCAGUAUCCGUUUGCCGGCACUUACUCGCGUAACUAUUCUGUCUUCGUUGUCACAAACAUCUUGGCAUACGUUGGUGCCUUCUUGGCACUUUCAAAAAGCUGAUUAAGCUCUGGUCA